GAUAUCUACAAAUCCAAGAAAAUCCUGUCAUAAUAUACACACUUGGGUGUAUCCUUCAAAUUGACUCAACACUCUAGCAAUCGUCAUCCCCGCUUAGACAAUGUUGGACAGUCAUGUGGAUGGAGAUGGAUACAAUAUGGCUGGACAAACCGAGGCUCCUGGAGGAGAUGUCUUACAAUCGAAUGUACCCAAAGUCGAACCCCAUUUCCAGACCCAAAAAUCAGAAAAAGAAUGCUGCACGGCAACCAUUUUGCAGGAAUCAUUUGAAAUGGAAUAUAACCUACCCGUUUUACCACUAAAAUCUCUCAUGACUCAAAUGGAUAUCAUGGGAAGGUUGCGCGAGCAAGGUCUGGUAAGAGAUUUGAUUGGUUUUAAGUCAUCCUCUUACUUGGAACGGAUUCCCAAGUCAUCCGAAGAUGAUGCAUGCCCGGUUCCUUAUUUUAUUCCGGAACUUCAGAUGCACUGCGCCCGCGCAGAAGCUGGACACGUUAAGGAAACAAAUGCACUGGAAAAUGAUGGAAAAUGUCCUUCACAAAUCGAAGCAAUUAUUGUUCCCGAAAUUAAAGAAGCAAAUGUAUUAGAGCAAACGGAAAUCAAGGAAGUACAUUUAAUCGAAUUACAAGAUAUAAAUCAAAACAAUCUCGAAGAACUGGAAGCACCCGAGAUUGCAGGAUCUUCAGGAGUGGAAAAUGCACCAGAACAAAAAGCAAACAUACAAGUAAUCGAGGAACCAACAUCACCUAUCAUCCCAGCUCAAGAUCCAAUUGAAUUUGAAAAGCCAAUGGCCACAGUUAUAGAAACAGGACGAGGUACUGGCUUUAUUAAUUCUUUAAUUGGUGUUAAACCAAUUUGGAGACCUAGUGUGAGGCUCUGUUUUGGCGACAGAGAACGGAAAUGGGCCCAAUCUGAGGAGCAGAUUAAACAGCAAACCUGCAAGGCACUUAAGAGUCUUAUUCUAUCCGUUAAUCUAUUUCAAAUGUUUAGGGAAUCCAUUCAGGAAGAAAGCAAGUUAAACCAAUUGGAAAGAAGCAGCGGCACCUUGACCUACUCAAGGGUAUUUAAACAAAAUGAAUUUCAGACAAAUGUGGCUAGAUUAAAUCGCCAGGAGGAACUCCCAGUAAAUGCCUUGGCUGGCGGUGAACCCUUUCAACGUAAUCGAGUAAUGCAUCCUGAUCGAAUACGGGUACUUUAUAAGCUAGAUGCCAGCGAUGGAUGGGCCAGAAAUGCACCGGAUUCGGAUUCCAGUGAUAGUUGCGAUAGCGAAGAUUCCGGGAUCAAGACCACCUUGAGUAUGACGGGCUAUCCCCGUAAAAUUAUGCAGAUAAAGCAUCCAAUUGCCGAUCGGCAGGACAUCGAGAGCAGCGGCAGGAUCCUAUUCAGCAAACCAGUUACAUUGUUUCGUUUCAACAGCGUGAGGCAGUGGCAACGGGAAGGUGGUGCCCAUAAUGAAUAUUCUUAUACAGGAGAUAUCAAAAUCUUGGAACGUCAUGGUCUUUACUAUAUCUUACUCCGCGAGAAGAAGUCUGCCUUUCUGCUCGUUUACACUCGCAUCGAUGGCACUUGGCACAUUGGAUACAUGGCCAACAGGAGCAACAGCUGCGGCUGGUUCAAUUUCAACUACGCCUUCUGUCCGGAGGGGACUCCGGAGCACUUUGCCUGCACCUUCCAGGAGCCCAGCCACGCGGCCGAAUUCGUUGCCAGGGUGCGAAAUCUCGUGAUAAAGGCUCGUUUUCUUAAUUUGCCGCGAAAUUAAUUGGUUUUAUGAUUAGCGACAAAUUAUUGUAAUCUUUGGUUAUAUUUUGUAAUUAUUAAAAAUCUUAAAAAUUCUUUCAA